AUGCCUCGAAAGGGCACCAUUGCAAUUGCAGUGUAUGGCGGCAUUAGCUUCGGCCUUUUCGCUGCAUCGCUCGUGGUUCUGGCCAUGAACUCUGUCGAUUAUCUUACCAUGAUGUACGAGCUCACGGAGAGCGUGAGACUCCUAAUUCUCCUCAACUUCGUGGUAAGUUGCUUUAUUCUCAUGGGGUUUGCAGGGAUCAAAUUGAUCUUCAGAGAGCUUCGGAUCAUUGAAAUUGAGCAUAUUUCGGAGGAGUUACCCUUCUACCUUAUUAAUCUUCUCAUAAUCAUGUUUAGUGACGAUAAUCUUCUUCUCAAUAUAGUGUGGAUCAACCUCACGAUCAUGUUCAAAGUGUUUCAUAUCAUCAUGACGGACCGUCUUGACUCGUUUCAGAUGAAAAUCACGAACAUGAUUCCGCAUCAGAUAUCAACCUCUCGCCAGGUCUUCUACAACUUCGCCACGUAUAGGGUUCUGAUUCUUCUCGAGGUAUUUACUGUCGCCGACCUCCUCCUAGCGAAGUUUUUGGCUUACGACGUCUUCCAGGGCACACGUUCUGUUGGUAGUCUCUUGUUUGGUAUCCACUACGGAGUGCUCGGGAUGGAAGCAAUAGCAUACUUCGGUAAACUCGUACUCAACGUUUAUGAGCUCAUGUUCUACACCAUCCCCAAUAAUCAGGGAUUGCUGUCGCCGGGUGGCAACGAGGUAUCGAAUGAUGAGGAAAUCAGCGAUGAGGACGAGGAUCCCGACGACGAAGAUGUUUCAGAACGUGUGUGGGAGAACAAGCCCAUUUACACACAAGUAUUUGAGAUCUUUGUUGCCGGCUCGAAAGGUGGCCUCUACGCAACUUUCAUGUACAUGCUCUACGUUCACGGAGGAGUCACUCCCCCCAUCACCCUUCUUCAAGGUGUAGCCGUGUCAUUCCUACAAGUUUACUCCAAGUCUAAGAAGCUUCGCAGCUUUUUAGAGCAGUCCAAAAAGUUGGACAAGGCGCUUCUCAACGCAACGAAGGAAGAUUUGCAUUCUGGAGACAACCUCUGUAUUAUUUGUCGUGACAACAUGUGGUGCGAGGACGAGUACUUCGAGGCCAAGAAGAAGGUAUUGGGAGCUAGACGUCGUCCAAAGAAGCUUCGCUGCGGUCACAUAUUGCACAUGGGUUGUCUCAAGGACUGGAUGGAGAGAUCUGACAACUGUCCUCUAUGUCGAACCACUGUUUUUGCCACGGCGGCAGAGGCUGCCCAGCCAGGGGCUGGCAUCACCCACAACGAAGCAGAGGCCACACCCGAAGCGGUGGUUCCUGAGCGCCUCAGGACUGAGGACUCAGCUCCAACGCCUACUUCCAGCGCGUCGCAAAGACGACCACAGGAAUACUCCGUUCUGGAGAAUGCUUUCAUACCCGAGGAUUGGGCUGCGUUUCCUAUCAGCGCAGGCAGUGACUCCAACACACGUAACAUCAGGCUUUCUCCCGAGAGUUCAGGAACUAUCACCAUACGAAGGCGUGAAAAUGGCAGAAACGAGAGAAUGGACUUGUUCCAGAUCACCUCGAGUCAAUAG